AAAAGGUCAGUUUCUCAUAGAUCACAUCUGCAACUAUUACAGCUUGCUGGAAAAAGACUAUUUUGGCAUUCGGUAUGUCGAUGCAGAGAAGCAGAGGCACUGGCUUGAGCCCAACAAGUCCAUCUUCAAGCAAAUGAAAUCUCAUCCACCAUACACCAUGUGCUUUAGAGUGAAAUUCUACCCACAUGAACCCUUGAAGAUUAAAGAAGAGCUCACCAGGUACCUGUUAUAUCUACAAAUUAAAAGAGAUAUUUUCCAUGGCCGUCUGCUGUGCUCGUUUUCGGAUGCUGCCUACCUGGGUGCCUGCAUUGUCCAAGCUGAGCUUGGUGAUUAUGAUCCUGAUGAACACUCAGAAAAUUACAUCAGUGACUUUAAGAUUUUUCCGAAGCAGUCACAAAAGCUCGAGAAGAAAAUAGCAGAAAUACAUAAAAAUGAAUUCAGAGGUCAGAGCCCAGCUAUUGCUGAAUUUAACUUGCUCCUGAAAGCACAUUCUUUGGAAACUUAUGGUGUUGAUCCGCAUCCUUGCAAGGACUCAGCGGGGAUGACCACAUUUUUAGGAUUCACAGCUGCGGGAUUUGUAGUUUUCCAGGGAAAUAAAAGAAUUCAUUUAUUAAAAUGGUGUGAUGUCUAUAAAUUGAAAUUUGAAGGGAAGACUUUUUAUGUGUUUGGAGCUCAGAAAGAGAAAAAGGCCGUGCUGUCUUUCCAUACCUCUACACCAGCAGCCUGCAAACAUCUUUGGAAAUGUGGAGUGGAGAACCAAGCUUUCUAUAAGUAUGCAAAAUCCAGUCAGAUCAAGACCAUGUCCAGCAGCAAAAUAUUUUUCAAGGGCAGUAGAUUUCGAUAUAGUGGAAAAGUAGCCAAAGAGGUUGUGGAGGCAAGCUCUAAGAUCCAGAGGGAACCUCCUGAAGUUCACAGGACCAGUAUUACACAGAGUCGCAGCUCUCCCUCCUUGAACAAGCAACUUAUAAUUAACAUGGAACCUCUGCAGCCCCUCCUUCCUUCCCCAUGUGAGGGGGAAGAGGUGCCUUUAGGUGAAGGUAUCCAGUUGCCAAAAGAGGAUGAGAUCUCAGUUCCUGUGAUUUCCAGCUCCCCAAUUAAGGAAACUGGGCAGAAUGCUGAUCUCACCAGUGAACAGGAGGAGAAGAUGAAAGAGGAACCUUUAACCAUCUCAGAACUGGUGUACAAUCCAAGUGCCAGCUUGCUGCCCACCCCAGUCGAUGAUCAGAUUGACAUGCUCUUCGAUACCUCUCCAAGAGCAGAGAAUGAGAAAGAUGAUACAGAUUCAUUUGAGGAACUGGAAGCAGAUGAAAAUGCAUUUUUGAUCGCAGAGGAGGAAGAAUUGAAGGAAGCUCGGAGAGCACUUAGGUGGAGUUAUGAAUUUCUAAUGGGCAACAUUGAGGUGAAUGCUUUUGUGAAGAGUUUCUCCAGACUUCUUCUUGUUGGCCUUGGACUGUUGUUGUUUGUGUUUCCUCUUCUCCUUGUUCUCUUAGAGUCGGACCUUGAAAUCUCAUUUCUCCAUGAAAUCCGCCAGACACCAGAGUUCCAGCAGUUUCAUAUUGAAUAUUACUGCCCACUUAGACAGUGGCUGGCUUGCAAAGUAAACUUCAUUCGUGAGAUGCUGGGCARCUUUUAAAUUUUAAAGAAAUGCGAUAUAACUAAGGGCUAUAUUCAAAAUUUCAGUUAGUGCCAGCUUUUCAUAAUACCUUCGGGGCCACCAAUAAGUAGCUAUCUUCAUAUUCAGUUUAUUGCAGACAUUCUUAAGUUUCCUUAACAUAUUUAAAGAGCUGCCUUAGUUAUAGGCGUAUAUAGUCACCUUCAGUAACCAAAAAGAAACUUUUAUUUUCAUUGCAUUUCAGACUUCUUGCUCAUCUAUUACAUGAUACUAAAGGGGAUAAUGUUAUUCAUAUUCAUCAUUCAUAACUUAUAAUCCAUGACACUGCAUCUAAUAAAACUGAAAGAAAAAUGCUUUUGAAUAUACUCCUUAGUGCAGCAGUCUCUUCUAACCAAUGCCUAUACAAGCAAUGUUUAUGCUGUUUUUUUUGUUCUUUGGUUUAUUCUUCUGUUUGGAUUUUUACAGUUUUAUGUGUUUAAAAAAUUUUGGUAAAUUUUUAGCAAAACACAACUUCUGAUGUUAUUUAAAUGUACAGAUUGGUAAGAAUUGCACAAGGGCAUGUAGUGUAUUUUUAUGGUUUCAGUAGCGAUUUGUUCUUAUGCUGCUUUUGGCUAGAGAAUGAAUGGGGAUUAAUGUAGCUCUACACACAGGGGCAGUGGUUUGUGUAUAGGAAGUUCACUCAAGUUCAGUGGGGGCUGCCUAGGGGAGUUGAAACGACACCAAGUAAUCAAAAGAUUUUCUGAAUAGUACAGUUGCAAAGCUAGGGGAUCUGAACAGAACUGAAAAUUAAUGAUCUUUCCUCUUCUGUGUCAGUUUGUCAUAUACUUUAAUCAAUGCUGCAGGAAGUCUCUGCAAGAGACUUCCUACAAGCCCAGGUAUGUUUUCAAGUGAUUUCAGUCUUUGGUCUAAAUGUAGAUUACUGUACAUAAUAUGGAAAGAAGAUAAUAGUAAGUAGCAAAAGAAAAAAACCCAAACCAUAGCUAAAUCAGUAGAUGAGUGACCUACUUUUAAAAACAGUAGAGAAGACAACAUAUUCCUAUUUUAAAAACAAAGCAUUAGAUUGUACAGUUGACAUGAAAGUAUUCUACUGAGUCUCAGUUUAAGGAUUAAGCAUUAAGAGAUGUAUCUUCCCCUUGAUGCUCUUUAGUACUAAUCUCUUAAGACUUAACAUUUUCUGUGCUUACAGAUGGGUCUUCCUUCUAUCCAUAGCAGCAUACUUAUCCUCUUUCCCGAUUAUUAUGAGCCUAGUUACAGUCUAGUGCUGUUUCAUGUAACAUGGAUUUGUGUAUCUACAGUUAUUCCAGUAUUGCUUAGAAGAUAUACUAACAUAAAUUUUGUCCAAAGCUGAGGGCGUUUGAAGGUUCCCAGAUGAUCCAUUUAAGCAGAACUUCAUUCUUUUCUUCCUUGAUCUUUGCACAGACAAAGCUCCUAGUUAAGCUAGAGAGUUGUUCAUUUCUGCCUCCAAGAUUUAUGAACUGGAGGCAUACUUCAGGCUGUGUUGUUAGAUGUUGAUUUAAACUAUUAUAGCCACAUCUGUAAUUCCUACUGCAUUAAGUCUUUUAGCUUUGAUAAUGGCAGUCUCCAUAUAAGAUUCUUCCUUUCCUUUCCUCUCCACAUUUUUAUGAAGGACAAAACAUUUGAAAGCUCUUAGGAGCUACUUAAUGCAAUUGAAAAUUUAUGUAUUUCAUUUCCCGACCAACAAAGGCUAAAUUGAGCAGCUGUCUUUCUUUUUUCUCAUCUUUAUUUCUCCUUGCCAAUCUGUUCCUCAGAAAAAUUACUGAUUUGUUACUUGAUGUGUAUUUCAUCUUGCACUACUUGCAGCUAAUGAUCCUUGCCCAUCAGGUAGAAAUCACUCAGCCUAAUAGAAAUGGAGAGUGAACUAAAGUAGACAUUUGACCUUAUCAGGAAAUUAUUCACUUCUAGAAUAUCUAAACAAAGGUGAAAAAUGGUGUUUUGAAUAGUGAAGGCUGUGAGAGAUGGCAUCCUGCUGGACUACAGAGACAAGGUUCCAUACAGGCUCUUCCUUAAGUCUAAUAAUUUACCAAAAAAAAAGAAAAAAGAAGAAGACUUAUGUCCUGUAUUCUAAGAUAUAGUCUUGCCUCUGUAAAUCACAGCACUUCAGAAGACAUAAUAUUGAUUUAGCUCUAUAACAAAGUAGUUGAGUUGCAUGAGAAGGUAACCUCAGAGAAUGUGCAGUGCUGUAAGAUUCUGUGUGGUCACAUGCAAGAUCAUGCAUGCACRUGUGCUUGCCUUUACUAACCAUAUGCAUACAUUCAGGCCUGGCCUUUUAAAAUUCUUCCCAUCCUCUGUGAUAUAUUAUGGUCUACCAAAGUAAGUUAACUGAAGGUCAUGACAGUCCUAUAACUUAAAGUGCCAGGACCACAUAACACACUCAGAAGCAUAUGGAUGAGGACAGGCAGACAGAGUAGCAGGGUCUGUACUUUCUUGGUAAGAAUGAGAGUUGGAUUAUGGAGAAUCUGUAGGUACAGUAUUGUGUAUUUAUGUCUGUGCUUGGAUUAUAUUGUAAAAUGUUAUGUACUUGAAAUCUAUUUUGUGGUUUGUCAAAUAUUUAUAAACACAACUCUGGGAAGAAUUAAAAAUUGUUUUAUUUCAUUGGAGACUGGGGGAAAAUAUACCUGUAACUCGAGCCUUAUC